AUGGCGGAGGUGAUCAAGACUGCUGCAAUCCGCAACGAAGAAGCCUUUGACACUUUAGAGGAAAAUGCCGCUUUGAUUCUUGGGACGAUCCAAGCACGAAAGAAACAAGAUGGUACGAUGCGUUCACUACCAUCUACAAUACAAUCGUUGUUGAAGGAGAUCGUGAUUGGGUCAGCAAGUGUCAAAGCGGAAGUUGUUUCUAGUGAUGAGAAGGAAAGUGGCCUACGAAAUCUUUUGAAUUUUGGCCACUCUAUCGGCCAUGCAAUCGAAGCAAUCCUUGCCCCUCAGCUUCUCCACGGCGAGGCUGUGGCGAUAGGAAUGGUCAAGGAGGCAGAGUUGGCCCGGCACCUCGGCAUGUUGAGUCCCGGCGCCGUCGCAAGACUUACCAAAUGCAUUGCUAGUUAUGGUCUUCCGACCUCUCUCGACAACAAGCGUGUGAUAGAUCUAACAGCAGGAAAACCCUGCCCAGUUGACAUUCUUCUAGAGAAGAUGGCCGUUGAUAAGAAGAAUGAAGGCCGAAGCAAAAAGAUCGUUCUUCUUUCGGCUAUUGGAAAAACCUUUGAGCAGAAAGCAACAGCAGUUGAUGACUCGGCGAUCCGUGUCGUGCUUUCCCCAGCAGUACGUGUGAAGCCUGGCAUAUUGAAAGACUCCAAUGUCGUUGUCACUCCUCCGGGAUCAAAGAGUAUCUCGAAUCGUGCUUUAAUCCUCGCCGCGCUGGCGCAAGGCUCUUGCCGCGUCAAGAACCUACUUCACUCAGAUGAUACGGAAUAUAUGUUAGCGGCUAUUGCUAGUCUUGGAGGGGCUUCUUACACCUGGGAAGAUGGCGGUGAGGUUCUUGUUGUCCGUGGUAACGGCGGUAACCUCCAUGCCAGCCCCAACCCUCUUUACCUUGGAAAUGCCGGAACUGCCUCGAGGUUCCUCACCACCGUCGUCACCAUGUGUAAACCGUCAGAUACUGCCUUUUCCACCACUCUCACUGGCAAUGAAAGAAUGAAGCCACUCGACCACUGUCACCGGCCCCCUCUGGGGCAACUCAAGGCUCUGCGUCACGUCGAUAUGGAGCCGAUGACGGACGCCUUUCUCACUGCAUCUGUUUUAGCGGCUGUAGCGACCGGCACAACCCAGAUCACAGGGAUCGCAAACCAAAGAGUCAAAGAGUGCAAUCGUAUUCUUGCUAUGAAGCACCAGCUUGCCAAAUUUGGUGUCACUGCACGAGAGCUCGAUGAUGGAAUUGAAGUCGACGGUAUCCUUACGCAGCAACUGCAAGAGCCUCAUGGUGGUGUUUACUGUUACGAUGACCACCGGGUAGCGAUGAGUUUCAGUGUUCUCUCCUUGCCUGCCCCAAGCCGGUUUUGA